CUGCCCCACUUGAAUUUUGCAUCUGAACCAUGUUCUAAACAUCGUACAAAGUAGACAAUAUCUUCGGCUGUCCAUAUCCUUACUUUGUUUUCUUCCUAACAUCGUACAAAAUAGACAGGGCACCGAAGCAUUUUCCAUGUGUUUCCUUUUUGAUUGUCUUCUCUAUAAUCUAUUCUUCUACCAAACGAAAAUAUGACUCACAAGAAACGUUAACCAACUUCAAGAAUUAAUGGACUACUACCUAGUAUUGUUGCUGAUACUUCCCUUUGUGUGGGCAUCAAUUCGUGUGCUCACCUUCAAUCUAGCAAGCCAGACUCUCCCCCCAGGGCCUCACCCUUUUCCAAUCAUUGGUAACAUCUUGGAGCUUGGCAAAUUACCACACCAAGCUCUUGCAAAGCUCUCCAAAACUUAUGGACCCUUAAUGACUCUCAAGCUUGGGAGCAUAACCACCAUAGUCAUUUCCUCUCCAAACUUAGCUAAAGAAGCACUUCAAAAAAAUGACCAAGCUUUCCUUAGCCGAACCAUCCCAAAUAUGGCCCAUGUAUUCAACCACCACAAAGUUUCUAUGGCUUGGAUUCCCACAAAUUCUAAAUGGAAGAACCUUAGGAAAGCUUCCGCCACUCAAAUAUUUGCUACAAAAUCUCUUGAUGCCAGACAAGCCCUUCGACAAACAAAGGUACAAGAACUACUUGAC